AUGGAUCAAGCUGAACAACUUUCUGCAGACAGAAGGAAGAGCCUCCCCUCAGCUGACAAGAAAAAGAGCAAUGGCUGUAGAACCAUUGUGGGGUUUUUGUGUGUGUUCCCUGUCGUGGCUCUGCUGGCUAUUGUGGGAGAUCCAACUGGAGCUGCAGUUCAGAAAAUUCAGGAAGAUGCCACAUCACCUGGUCAUCAUGAAGCCUCUGCUGUGCACAGUCCUGCUUUCCCACCUCGGCCUCCAGCGCGGAGAAGACGCUACACCAUCACACCAGGGCACUUGAAAUGGGACCACUUCAACUUAACAUACAAGAUCCUGUCCUUCCCAAGGAACCUUCUGAGUGCCUGGGACACACGCAGGGGCCUGGCGGCCGCGUUCCGUAUGUGGAGUGAAGUGUCACCCUUCAGCUUCAGGGAAGUGCCACGUCACCUGCCCAGUGACUUGAAAAUAGGCUUCUACUCCAUCAACCACACAGACUGCCUGGAGUCUCUCAUCCACCACUGCUUUGAUGGGACAACUGGGGAGCUUGCCCACGCCUUCUUCCCACCCAACGGGGAAAUCCAUUUUGAUGACCAUGAAUACUGGAUCUUGGGGAACACCCGGUUCAGCUGGAAGAAAGGUGUGUGGCUCACAGACCUGGUACAUGUAGCUGCUCAUGAAAUAGGACACGCCUUGGGACUCAUGCACUCCCUGAACCCUGGGGCCCUCAUGCACAUCAACGCUACCUUGACUGGGAAAAAGACCAUCUCCCAGGAUGAAGUCUGGGGAAUUCACAGGCUUUAUGGGUGUAAAGACAGGCUGUUCAUGUGCCCAUCGUGGGCACAAAAAGGUUUCUGUGAGAAACGCAGGAAGCUGAUGCAAAAGCACUGUCCUUCUGCCUGUGACUUCUGCUACGAAUUCCCAUUUCCAACGGUCCCUCCUACUCUGCCUCCACCGAGGACAAAGACCAAGACUGUUUCUGAGGGCAGGAACGUCACUUUCCGCUGUGGGCAGAAGAUAAUUCACAAAAAAGGCAAAGUUUACUGGUAUAAAGAUAAGGAGCUUCUGGAAUACUCAUAUCCAGGUUACUUAUCUUUAAAUGAAGAUCACAUGAGCAUCAUUGCAAAUGCAAUUAAUGAAGGAACUUACACUUGUAUAGUGAAGAAAAAAGAAAGAAUCUUGACUACUUAUUCCUGGAGAAUCAGACUCAAGCACUAA